CCAAGUCAUUAGACAAAAUUUUAGAAGAUCGGGUGAGAGCAUUAGCCGAAGUUUUCAUAAAGUUUUAAAUGCACUUAUGCAUUUACAAGGUCACUUGUUUGCAAAACCCGAGCCUAUCCCAAGUAACUCAUCGGAUAAUCGGUGGAAGUGGUUUAAUAAUUGUUUGGGUGCACUAGAUGGAACGUUUUUCAAGGUUUAUGUACAAAAUGCUGAUAAACCUAGAUAUCGAACCCGUAAAGGAGAUAUUGCAACAAAUGUCUUAGGUAUGUGCACUUCUGACAUGCAAUUAGUGUAUGUUCUUUCUGGUUGGGAAGGAUCUGUAUCCGAUAGUCGUGUUCUUCGUGACGCAAUUACUAGGGCACAUCCAUUGAAAGUACCUCAUGGUUGAUAUUAUCUAGUUGAUGCGGGUUAUACAAAUUCUGAAGGCUUUCUAGCACCUUUUAAGGGUCAACAGUAUCACUUGAAUGAAAGGCGUCAAGGUUAUCAACCAACAAGUCCCAAAGAAUAUUUUAAUAUGAAACAUGUUGCAACCCGUAAUGUGAUUGAGGGGUGUUUUGGGUUAUUAAAAAUGAGAUGGGCUAUUCUUAGAAGUCCAUCUUAUUAUCCUAUAAGGACACAUAACCGCAUUAUUAUAGCAUGUUGUUUUACUUCAUAACUUUAUUAGGCAAUUUAUGAGUGUUGAUC